CUUUUGCUCUCAUCUCAUCCCAUCCCCGAAUAACCCCCGUGUGGUCUCUCUCUCACCUCUCCCUUGUACUUCUAGUCCUGGCCGGAACUAAUUCCAUUUCCCAUCAACUACCUUCCGGUACGGCCUAUUCAGGCCACCAGUGAUUAGAGACAACGGGUAACAGUUCUCAAAAGAGGGUUAGAGACCACAAAAAUAGGAAAAAAAAAAUUUUAAAAAAUUAGUGAAUGUGAAAAGCAUGGAGCACGCAAUAAUCACCACCUCCGCCUCCGGCGACUCAAAUGGCCCCCCGGCCCCGAUCGGGAAACUUAUCCUGGUCGCCUCGAUUGCCGCCGGGGUCCAAUUCGGAUGGGCCCUGCAGUUGUCCCUCUUGACACCCUACGUGCAGACACUGGGUGUCCCACACACCUGGUCCAGCUUUAUCUGGCUCUGUGGGCCCCUCUCAGGCCUGCUGGUCCAACCAAUCGUCGGCUACUUCAGCGACCGUUGCACCUCGAGAUUCGGUCGCCGCCGUCCCUUCAUAGUCUCCGGCGCCCUCCUCGUUGCCGUGGCCGUCUUCCUCAUCGGCUGGGCAGCCGACAUGGGAAGGAAAUUCGGCGACUUGCCCGACAAGAAAACCAAACCACGAGCAGUCGUGAUGUUCGUGCUUGGGUUUUGGAUUCUGGAUGUUGCCAACAACACGUUGCAAGGCCCAUGCAGGGCCUUCCUAGCCGACUUAUCGGCCAACAACCACUCCAAAAUCAGCGCUGCGAACGGCUUCUUCUCUUUCUUCAUGGCCGUCGGAAACGUGUUGGGAUACGCGGCCGGAUCUUACCCUAAGUUACACAAAAUAUUUCCCUUCACGCAAACCGAGGCAUGCGACAUUUACUGCGCCAACCUUAAAACAUGCUUCAUUUUCUCCAUCCUCUUCCUCCUAAUCCUUACUACAAUUGCUUGCGCGAUAGUGAAAGAGACCCCGAUAACAAAGGAAGAGCUCGAGAAAGGAGGGGAAUCUGUACCAUUUUUCGGGCAACUUUGCUCGGCAGUGAAAGUCCUUCCUAAGCCAAUGUGGCUUCUUUUCCUGGUGACCGCAUUGAACUGGAUCGGAUGGUUCCCGUUCCUCUUGUACGAUACCGACUGGAUGGGCCGUGAGAUCUACGGUGGCAAUCCUAGCGGAAGCGAUGUCCAAGUGAAGCUGUACGAUCAAGGAGUUAGCGUCGGAUCGUUGGGGCUGAUGCUGUACGCUGUGAUCCUCGGGAUUAUGUCACUGGCCAUCGAGCCGCUGGCUAAAUGCCUCGGUCACGUGAAGCGGGUUUGGGGGCUUGGAAACUUGAUUUUGGCUAUCUGCUUGGCAUUGACGUACACGGUCACAAAGAUGGCGGAGAAGGCCCGCGGUGCAGCCUCUGAACCGCCGCCUUCCGACAUCAAGGCAACUGCGGUUGGACUUUUUGCCGCGUUUGGUAUCCCCCAGGCGGUGACUUUUAGCAUUCCAUUUGCUCUGGCUUCAAUAUAUUCUAGCUCUUCUGGAGCCGGCCAAGGGCUUUCCUUGGGGAUCCUGAAUAUUUCAAUUUGUAUCCCUCAGAUGAUCGUCUCGGUGAUCAUUGGGCCGUUGGAUGAAGCUUUUGGAGGUGGUAAUAUUCCUGGGUUCAUUUUUGGAGCCAUUGCAUCUGCAAUAAGUGCCGUAUGUGCUUUCACAAUUCUCCCAUCGUCAGCUUGAAACAAUGCAUAAUAAUUUGAAGCUCCUCAGAAGCUGUUAAUGUGAAUUUGUGUACAUAUGCGCCUCAUCGGGCACGAAGAAUCAAACGACGAAUGCCAAACAUGAUUUCCAAAUUUUCAUGCUGCUUUGGGGACUUCAAAUUCUUCUUUUUUUCACGGAGGGGACUUCAACUGGGAUGAAUCAAUUUUGAGUUGUAAUUAAUAAAUAUUGACAAUGUAAAAAUUUUGCUUGUAUAUAUAUCCAUAGUGAACUAUAUAUCUUGACAAAGAAAUGGUUGUUCUUCCAGAA